ACCCGAUUGAAUAAAUAAUUCAAAAUUGGAUAAACCCUCAGACAUUUGUUGAACUAAAAACCCCUCCAUGGCUACUUGUCUUCUACUUCCAAAUCUUCAUCACUCUCUUUUCUUAAACCCUAUCGAUCCCACUUCUCAAUUCCCACAAUCCCUAAAAACCCACAAUUUUAAACACAUUUUUAACUUACAUUAUCAUCAAUUAAAACCACCGCAAGCUUCACCUUCAGCUUCACCUUCCAUUAAUGGCGACUCCGACAAUGGAGCCAUUGAAUCCCCAAAACCCUCUCGCCGUGGCCGCAAGAAGAAACCCACUUCUUCAUCUUCAUCUUCAAAAACUUCCAAAAAAACCCAGCCUGAAAAAAAUAACGACACAAUUAGCGACGAUGUAGAAGAUUUUGACGACGGGGUUGAUUUCCCUUACGACAAUCCUCCGCUAAUCUGCUGCUUCGGCGCUGUACAGAAAGAAUUUGUGCCCACCGUUCGGGUCCAUGAUAACCAGAUGCACCCGGAUAUUUACUCUCAGUGGAAGAUGCUUCAGUGGGACCCUCCUGAGUUUGUGAGGGCCCCCGGUGGGUCCCCGUCCAACGUGGCCAUAUCUCAUGUCAGGCUGGGAGGGAGGGCUGCGUUUAUGGGGAAAGUUGGGAAUGAUGAUUUUGGGGAGGAGCUUGUGUUGAUGAUGAAUAAAGAGAGAGUGCAGACCAGAGCUGUUAAGUUUGAUGAGAGUGUUAAAACGGCUUGUAGUUUUAUGAAGGUUAAAUUUGGUGAUGAUGGUAAGAUGAAGAUGGAGAUGGUUAAAGAAGCUGCUGAGGAUUCGCUUCUUGCUUCGGAAUUGAAUCUUUCCGUGCUUAAAGAGGCUAGGAUGUUCCACUUUAAUUCAGAAGUUCUAACGUCGCCUUCCAUGGAAUCCACUCUCUUUAGAGCCAUCAAAUUGUCUAAAAAGUUUGGAGGGCUUAUAUUUUUUGAUCCAAAUUUGCCGUUGCCUCUCUGGAAAUCUCGUGAGGAGACUUGGCAAGUCAUCAAGAAAGCUUGGAAUGAGGCUGAUGUGAUUGAGGUUUCAAGGAGAGAACUAGAAUAUCUCUUGGAUGAAGAUUAUUAUGAGAGGAAAAGGAAUUACACGCCACAAUAUUAUGCUGAAAACUACGAGCAAACCAAGAACAGGCGAGAUUACUAUCAUUAUACUCCUGAGGAAAUUUCUCCAUUGUGGCAUGAUGGACUUAAGCUUUUGGUUGUGACUGAUGGAACAAUUAGGAUUCAUUAUUAUACCCCUUCUUUUGAUGGUGUUGUGGUUGGAACAGAAGAUGUGCUUAUAACGCCAUUCACAUGUGAUAGAACUGGAUCUGGUGAUGCUAUUGUGGCUGCUAUGAUGAGAAAGCUUACUAUUUGCCCUGAGAUGUUUGAAGAUCAAGAUAUUUUGGAGAGGCAGCUUCGCUUUGCGGUUGCAGCAGGAAUUAUAGCACAAUGGACUAUUGGUGCUGUUAGAGGUUUUCCUACUGAGAGUGCAACGCAGAAUUUGAAAGAACAGGUUUAUGUCCCUUCAAUGUGGUAGUUUAGAUUUCGGAAUAAGAGACUCAAAACAUCCAUGGAUGAGUUUUUCUAGCAAGAUCCUCCCGUGAUGUAGGAAUUUUUCCUUCUCGGUCCAGAUCAAGAGAGAAUUUAGAUUUGGAGAAGAUAUCAUAGAGUUUAUUCUGAUGGCUCUCUCUCCAGGUUAAAUUUCUACUCGAAGUGCUAUAAUUGUUGAGUAUUUGAUAAUGUGCAUAUAGGAGCAUCAAAUGUGCAUUUUUCUCUUGUCAUUGAAGCACAACCAUUUUUGUGAUUGAAAUAUUCAAAUACUAAGAAAAUUUAACUUGUUGAAUUUGCUUCGAGAUUUUCCAUCA